GUUCGCCGGCGGCAGCCCUGCGCGGGGAGGGCGCGGGGAGGGGGCCUGACCGGGUCUCGGCGCAGGCGCAGAGGGCGCGGGUCCUGCCCGGCGCAGGCGCAGUGCGUGCGAGCGGCGGCAGCCAUGGACGACGAGGAGGAGACGUACCGGCUGUGGAAGAUUCGCAAGACCAUCAUGCAGCUGUGCCACGACCGUGGCUACCUGGUGACCCAGGACGAGCUGGACCAGACGCUGGAGGAGUUCAAGGCCCAGUUCGGGGACAAGCCCAGUGAAGGGCGGCCGCGGCGCACGGACCUCACGGUGCUGGUGGCCCACAACGACGACCCCACCGACCAGAUGUUCGUCUUCUUCCCAGAGGAGCCCAAGGUGGGCAUCAAGACCAUCAAGGUGUACUGCCAGCGCAUGCAGGAGGAGAACAUCACGCGCGCCCUCAUCGUGGUGCAGCAGGGCAUGACGCCCUCCGCCAAGCAGUCGCUGGUCGACAUGGCCCCCAAGUACAUCCUGGAGCAGUUCCUGCAGCAGGAGCUGCUCAUCAACAUCACGGAGCACGAGCUUGUCCCGGAGCACGUCGUCAUGACCAAGGAGGAGGUGACGGAGCUCCUGGCGCGAUAUAAACUGCGAGAGAAUCAGCUGCCCAGGAUACAGGCGGGGGACCCCGUGGCGCGUUACUUUGGGAUAAAGCGAGGACAGGUGGUCAAGAUCAUCCGGCCCAGCGAGACCGCGGGCAGGUACAUCACCUACCGGCUGGUGCAGUAGCCGCCGGACAGGAGAGGGCGCCGAGCGGAGGGGCCGGGCAGGACGGCGCGCGCGUCCUGUGAGUGAGCCCCGCCCGUUCCCCGCUCUGGAGACCGCCCCACAUCCAGUCUGCGUGUGCCUGGCUCCCGGGCAGAUGGAUCACGCGACUGUCUGCCCCCUUCUCUCGCGCGUGUCCCCCGGGGGAUGGAAUGGUGGGCUGUGACCGCCCCCCAGGCCAGGAGUGCAGGCGCUGGCUGUUCUGGGGGACUCAGCUCCUCCUGGGACCCCAGGGCGGCCCGCCUCGGGCCUGCCUCUCCUGGGCUGAGGGUCCCCGUGGUCUCUCCUGGUCUCCCGGACGCUGAGCCCCACCCUGGAUCCCACCUGAGGGUGCCUCAGGAAGGGACAGGAUACCCAGGGCAGCCCCCCGUUCCUCCAGCCUCCCGUCCCCGUGUCACCCCCACGGUGGCCCUGGUGCUGCCUGCCUGCUUGGAGGGCAGCGGACAUGGAGACUGAAAUGGAUUUUGAUUGCUGUGGAAUGCUGGAUGUCUUAAAAAAUUAAAGAUGUUUUGAGUAAAUAAGUUCACGCGUCUGAAAGGCCAAGGCGGGCGAUCCCGCGGGUGUGCUGUGAGCAGCCUUGCUCGGCCCCUCGUGGGGUCUCUGCCCGCUGCCCCCCGCAGCGGGGGUGGGGCUGCAGCGCUGCCUUCAGCCGUGCCUCUCGGUGCUUUUCUUGCGUAGAUGUUUUGGAUCAAACCACCUACCUCCCUUCCUUUGCUGACUUCGGGGGACUCCCGAUCCAGGCUGAGCACGGCUGUUGUGUUUUGUUUAAUAGCUUCAUUGAGAUAGGCCUUACGUACCUUACAGCGUGUCCAUUAAAAGUGCACGGUUCCAGGAGCUUCAGUACGUCGCACAGUCGUGCACCGCGCACCACAGUCCGUCUUGGAACAUUCACCCCCCGAAAAGAAGCCCCGUCCCCAUCAGCAGUCUCCCCAGCCCCCGACAGCCAGGAGCCCACGCUCUGUGUCUGUGCACCUGCCUGUUCUGGACGUUUCCCAUCCUUGGAGUCACACCCUGUGUGUCCUGUGUCUGCGUCUCUCCCUGAGCCUCGUGUUCUCAGGGUCUCUCCAUGUGGUGGUGCGUGUCCGGGCUUCCCCCGUUUGUGGCUGAGGGUGUUCCCGUGUGUGGAGGGCGCUGUGUCCUUCGGUGGAUGGGCACAUUGUUUGCACUUGGCGAUGGUAACGUUGCUGUGCGCGUCCUGGUAGAGGUUGGUGUAGCUGCGGUCGUGUCUCUGCUUGUGGGUGUGGACCUGCAGUAGAAUCGCGGGGUCCCGCAGAAGCUCUUGUUGCCCUUUGGAGAAAGGGUCACACUGUCUCCCCCACGCCUGCCCUGUUUCCUGUCCGCUGUCUCCCACCUCCUCGCCGGCACCGGUUCCUGCGGCCGGGGGAGGGGCGAGGGCUGUCGCUGUGGUUGGGCUGCGCCUGCAGGCGCUGAGCUGCUGCUGAGCCGGCGAGCACCUUGCCCGCGCUCGCCCGCCGCCUGCAGGUCGUCUCGGAGACGCGUCCUCACACAGGUCCUUCGCCCGCGUUGAAGUGGGUUAUUUGUCUCUGUGACUGAGUUUCAGGAAUUCUUUAUAUGUUCUAGGCACAAGUUCCUCUUUGCUUAUACAAAUUACAAAAACGUUCUCCCACUUUUUGUCUUUCUCAGCUAUUCUCCUGCAGCCUUUAUACACAGGACUCAGAUCCUGGGGUUUACUUUUGGGCAUCAUGUGACCGGGGGCUGUCACUUGCCCCCAGACGGUGGUCGUGACGCUGUUCAGUGAAGAAGCAGAGGUGCGUUCCUCGCUGCCGUGGGUCACGCUCUCGUAGUGAGUGCACAGGCCCGUGGGGGCCUGUGGGGAGGUCCUUUUCCAUUGAUAAAGGUUUUUUUUUUGGCUGUUGGGUCUUUGCUGCUGAGUGCGGGCAUUCUCUACCUGCGGCGGGGGCUACUCUUUGUUGCGGUGCGCAGGCUUCUCAUGGUGGUGGCUUCUCUUGUCAAAGAGCACGGGCUCUAGGCUCGAGGGCUUCAGUCGUUGCAGCACACAGGCUCAAGGUGUGGCUCACGGGCUUCAUUGCUCCGUGGCAUGUGGAAUCUUCCCGGACCAGGGAUCUUCCCAAACCCGUGUCCCCUGCAUUGCAGGCGGAUUCUUAACCACUGUGCCACCAGGGAAGUCCCUCCAUGGAUAAAUGUAGGUUUACAGUACAUCUGCCGGGAAAAUGGGUCUCCCCUUUCCCCCAGACAGACAUACAUCAUUUUAUAAAACCGUCUUGGCCCAAAGGAGCCAGACACAGAAGGGCAGACCCUGCCUGCCUCCACUCCCAGGAGGUCCCUAGAGGAGCAGACCCACAGAGACAGGACGGCGGCGCUGGGGGAGGGAGGUCAGUGUCUCGGGGGGACAGAGUGGCCCUUUGGGAAGAUGCGAACGUCCUGCAGGUGGAGGCUGGGGGUGGUGGCAGGACAGUGAGUGCGAUUCGUGCCUGUGACGUGUGCUGUUCAAAGUGGCGAAAAUGGUAAAGGUGUGUGAUGUACAGUUUAAAAAAAUUGUCUUGGCUGUUCUUGAGUAUUUCCCCUUGCAAAUGAAGCCACUCAUGGAUUCCCUGAAAAUUCCUUUUGCUUCUGGCUGGGGUGCCUGGUCUCCAGCCUGGGCGCAGCCCUGUCCCCGGGGGCGGGGUCUCGGGUGUGAGGCACCGACACGCCUGCUGCUUGGGGACGGGUCCUGCCUGCCUGCACCACCACGCACAGCCUGUUCCGAGUCCCCGAGAUGGGUCCUGACACCUGUCUUGGGGCUUCAGGAAGUGGGGCCCCGUCUCCUGGGGCUGGGGGCAGGGCUGGCUUCCCCGCAGCACCCCCAGCCACCGGGACAUGCUGUGAGCCUGGGUGAGACUGUGCCUGAAGGUGGCGCAGCCGGUGAGGUCCUGUGGCGUGAGCGGCGUUCAGAGCCCUGUGUCUGCGGGCCUGGCCAGGCUCCUCAGAGACUCACUGGCACCUGGGAGUGGGCGCUCUUCUCGCCUUUACCGUCUGACGUGGAGAAGGCUGCCGUCCUGCCGAGCGCACUGGAGUGUUAAUAGUUGCAUUUGCUCAUUCUUCUGACCGUCUGGAGACGUGUAGGUCGGCUCAGCAGACUUUUCCCGUAAAGGGCCCCCCAGUCAGUGCGCUGGUGUUGCUGGCAGGUGGCCCAGCCAUAGCUGGUCCGCUCUGCUGCCCCGGACGGCAGGGCAGAAGCGGCCAGAGGCUGCCCGUAAGAGGGGCCGUGGCCCCAGGCCGCUAUCUCUGUUUGCAGACACAUUGGUAGUGUGCUGGCCGCCUUUCCGGCUCACGCUCUUUAAAUUACUUUUUGACAUACAAGAAACUGUGUAUAUUUAAAGUGUACAAUUUGAUAUUUUUUCUUAUUAGUCAUGUGUAUAUGGCAACCCCAGUCUCCCAGUUCACCCCCCCCCCCCGCUUUCCCCACUGGGUGUCCAUGUUUGUUCUCUGCAUCUGUCUCUACUUCUGCCUUGCAGACCUGUGGAUUGGCACCAUUUUUCUAUAGUCCACAUAUGUGUUAAUACAUGAUAUUU